UGUAAGCUUCUAUGCUCCAGUCGCACUAGCGCCGAGACGGUGUGCAGAUGUACACAGACAUCCAUUUGAAUCCGAGAACAAGUUGGAGGAUGAUGUCGUCGAUGGUCAACGCCGCCCGAGUGGGCAAAGUUCUUUUGCUCUUGUUUCUCGUCCGUCCAGCUCAAAGCCUGGGUAGCUGCAAGGAGGCCGGUUUGUGCUGCACCGGACGGGACGCCAGUUGCGUCGUACAGAAAACACCGCAAAACGCCAUCAUCGAGGAUCUGCGAGACACUCCGUGCUACUGCGAUCACGCCUGUCUCAAGUUGAACGACUGCUGUCCCGAUUACCGCCAGACAUGCGGAGUGCAAGAUUGCCAAGUAUCAGAAUGGGGACCAUGGUCAGAAUGCGACAACCAAUGCGGUUCCGGCAGCCAAGAACGUACGCGAGUUAUUGUGAUGGAACCCAGCCGUGGCGGUAAGAGUUGUCCGCCGACGCUGCAGAAAAGAGGCUGCCAGGGCACGUCGCAGUGCGGGACCAACAAAUCGACCCACCACAAAGCCGCUUUGAAAGAGAUGGCCAUGCUGCUGCCAGCUUCGUUUGGUGCCAGUCGUCGGAUGAACGAUAGCCACGACAUCCGCAAGAAUCUGCGUUUCCGCAACGCCGAGUUAGCCCAGGAGCAUUCGGAAGACUCCACCAAUGAUUACUGCGUGACUUUCGAGCUCACCAAAGUGUCCAAGGCCUGCCAUAAAGAGAAAGUCUUCAGCACUCUUCACGACGGUGGCGUCGUUUGCGUCCGAUGCGAACACAGGGCUACACGUGACUACCUGGGCGGUCGUUGCGGUGGUCACGGCGUGCCAGGUAGAAUUACCCGAUGGACUUCAUUAACCAACGUUGAAUGCCAUGGCAAAUGGCUCCGACGUCCGGAUGAAUCGCAGGAGGUUUCCAGUUCAGCUUGUUCGUGCACCGAAGACGCCCUUUUAAUUUUCGUUUAGCUCAAAAACAUGAAAAAGAAAGGGAUCAUCGCAUAAAAACGAAAAGAUUUUAAUCAUUUUUUUUAUAACAAAAAUCUUCUUAAAUUUGUUACGCUACCACAUUAAUUAUUUCUCAAUUUUUUUGUUCGAACGUACAAUCUUCGUCUUUUUGUUUUUACUAACGAUGUUUGACUGUCAGAGUGGCUUAAAGGAAAGAUAAAGUAAAACAAGUUACUGUCAACCCACCCAUCCGAGUUUGAUGUGAGUGUGAAAAUACACAGAAAGGGACAUUUCCAUAGAAACGGC